UGUGAUGGAAGUAUGUUGUAGGUGUAAGUGACAGUACUAGACUGAAGCUGUUCUCUGAUAAAUAAUAAUAAUAAACUCUAAUAAUGAGCUGUGAGCGCUGAGCUGAGCGGUGGUGAAGCCGAACUGGUGUUGGAGCUGCGGGUCAGUGUGUUUCAGGGCUCGGCGGCGGCGGAGGGGCGCUGGAGGGGCAGGUUUUAGAAUCUGCUUCCUGUACAAAAAGUACAUAAAGACCCUUAGUCAUGCUGCGAUGGAUCCUCGGUGGUCGUGGUCCUCAGGGUGCUGUCGAAAAGAGCGCGGCGCUGUGCAUCGGGGAGGAACAGCCCAAAAACUGCUUCACGGAGCUGCAGGUGCUGAAAGGACAUUUUGACAUUGUUCGAUUUCUGGUGCAGAUUGAUGACUUCAGGUUUGCUUCUGCCGGUGAUGAUGGGAUGGUGCUUGUGUGGAAUGUUCAGACUGGAGAGCGGUUGGUGGAGUUGCGAGGUCACACUCAGCAGAUCACGGCUAUGAUAUCAUACACUUUCAUCAAAGGAGGAAAAGCUCACACUGCGCUUCUGACGGCAUCAUCGGAUCGUACACUAAGUCUGUGGGACCCAGACACAGGAAACCGAGUGCAGACGGUGUCUGAUCUACAGUCUUCUGUGAAGUGUUUACUGGUGUUGAACAGUGUGGAUCUGUGGCUCUCUGGUGGUAAUGAACUGUGUGUGUGGAACAGAGACUUUCAGCUGCAGUGUAAAUCUGUACAUCACAGAGAUACAGGAAUCUCUGCAAUGGUGGAAUUACCCAAAAACUGCAUUGCUGCUGCCAUGGACAAAGAGAUUGUUAUAUUUAAGUUAAGCCUGUCUGACCCGGAGAUGUCAGUUUUUGCUACCCGUCACCUGGCUGACCACCAAGAUACGAUCCGAACGCUUAUCAGCAUCAAUGACAGCCUGUUUGCUAGUGGAUCUCACAACGGUGAGCUUAUCCUCUGGGACGCCCUGGAUUGGACGAUCCAGGCUUAUGAACUGAUUCUGUGGGAGGAGGCACCAGGAGAUGGCCAGUCAGAGAUUAGAAUGGGUCAGCAGAAACAGACUGAGAUGUCUAUUCAGCACCUGACCUCUGAUGGGGAGCUGGUGGUUGCAGCAGUAGGCAGUGGUCUGUAUGUGUACAACGCGGUGAUGAAGAUGGUGGUGGCCUACAGGAAGAUUGCACAUGACUCUGAUGUUCUACACACCAUGCUGCUGGACAAUGGACUGGUGAUGUCAUGCUCUGAAGAUGGCAGUGUUAGGAUCUGGGAGUUGCAGGACCUCCCCCUAGCAGCAGAGCCCGCCUCCUCAGGGUUUUUUGGAAUGUUUGGGACGUUCGGCCGGUCCGGUAAGCAGGCUGCUGGUGCUCCUGUGAAGAAGCUGCUGGAUGUUCCUGGUCUGCGUUCACUGGAGCUGAUUGGAGAUCUGAUUGGUCACUCUGGUGCUGUUCAGAUGUUUUUGAGUUUCGGGGAGAGAGCCUUGGUUACCUGCUCAGCUGACCACCUGCUCAUCGUGUGGAAGGACGGCGAGAGAGAGUCACAGCUACGCAGUCUGGCGCUUUUCGAGAAGCUGGAGGAGAUGCAGGGUCUGUAGGCUGAGUCAAAAGUUCAGAAGUUCCUCAUUCAACUCCAUCCAUCUGGUUUUAAAACUCCAUCUAUGAACGAGCUUAAAGCGAACUGACACAUUUAUCAGCAUCAACCAGGGACAGGUAAACAACAUGCCCCAUGACCCAAAGUGUGACCACUCAGUGACUGCAGCUUAUUUUAACUUUUUCUUAAAACUUCUAAGAGCCAUUUUGAGCUUGGGAUGCUAUUCCUGCCUUACACACAAGCAGUAUUUAUCUGUUACUGAUCUGGCUUUGCUGUCAUGUUUUAAAGUGAGAUUUUAAUUUUAUUUGUUUGUUUUUAGUUUUUAAUUUUUUUUUAAGUGUGAAUGCACUGGAUGUGAUUUUAAGCAUUUUAAACAUUUCUGAUUAUUCUUUUUAUACACAUUUUAAUGUAUGGUUUACAUUUUAUGUAGAUUUGUGUGCAGAAAUAUUGUAUUGUUAAUUUAAAUGGAUCAUGAUUGUGGCAAUGUUUGAAAAUCGCACGUUUGUUUUUAACGUUUGCACAUUUUAGUUUUUACCUAAAUGUAAAAUGAUUUUAAUGGUUAUUUCAACAAUAUUAAUGUAAACUGACAUUAAUUAAAGCCUGCUUUAUGAGAAGGGCAUAAGACAGAACAUUUAUUGCAAGUGAUUUUUAAUGUGUUUCACAAAUACAACGUUUUUUAUGUUUUCAAAUGGGGAGCGACUCCUCAGAAACAACAGUGGAUUCUCAGACAGAAAUGAAAACAAUGUAAGCAAAAACUGCGGAAAGUUUUGGUGCGACAUACAGAUAUAGGCUUCUUUGACAACAAAAUGUUAAAUCCUUCAAAAACAGAAUAAACAGAAAAGAAAAAAAAAACAA